AAAUAACUCGCAGCCAACUUCAAGUCAAACCGAAUUCUGUUUUGUCAUUGUAAAUUUGUUUUAUAUUGAAACUCCCAGGAUUUAUAAAACAUAACUAAUAAAAUGAACCAACAGUCUCUUAAAGUUCGCCCAACAGACGUGCCCGUCCUAAAUGCAUCCGGCAAAGCCGUUUUGCCCACUGAGCCAAAUUGCUUAAGCCAAUUGGCCCACAUUCAUCGUUUGCGUGACUCUGAAUUGAACUACCGUGAUCAUAGAUACAACAUUGAUAUGCAAAUGCUCCGAAAUCGCGAGGGCCUGUGUGCACCUUUAAGAAUGGGCAUGGAUCGCUUUGCGGCUCGUCAAAUUGGUCGUCUGCCCUUUUUGACAUCAAGCAAUGUAAUGGAGGAUGUGUUGACUGGACGCUGUGAUGAAAUCGCCUUCGAGGACUUCUUGAGCAUUCCCGAGCACAAUGAGCAGAUGCGUCAACCCCACGCCGUCGUGGAAAAGUCAAUGGGCAUUUACCUUUAGUUCCCAAUUCUCAUGCAACAUUAUAACAAUUAUGGAAAAAUAAAACUCCCUUUAAGGUGGAAUCCACGA